AUGGAUCUAUCACUAAAUAAUGGCGCUCCAAGCGAACACCAAAGAAGUUGCAUUGAAAGGAUGCUACAAAUGGAAAAUUUCAACAUAAUUCAGAGUCUUCUUGCUCGGAAGAUCUAUCUUGCCCACCAAGAUGCACUACCUUACGUGCAAAGUGUGAACAGCAACAAGGAGUCUGCCACAGGCCUGGAUGUAUCCGCUCCAUUUCGAUUGUAUAGCACCUUCGGCCUCGACAAACGACAUUGCUUGGCAUCAUUAGCAAGCGUACCAUAUCAAACAGUCGAGCGAUGGAUACGUGAGAGUGGGACAUCAUCAACGAGAUUACAAGCGCCGUUGCAGGAUGUCAACGCCCAUUCCUCCUUUGCAGCACAUCGCUCCCCAACCACCGAACGAUCUGGAUCCACUGGCCCACCCGGCCCCCACGCUUUCCGUCAAUUCACCCCGAACCUCUGGCAACACAGCCGAUGCAAGGUCGAGAAGGGAUACUUUACACCAGACUGCCCUGUAUGCUUCAAGAAGGGCUAUGGUCCUAAAUCCGAGAAGCAAUUACGCAGCCAUCUCGGGAGGGCCGAGCACACAAGGCAAUAUAAAAUCGACCCCACGCCGAACAAUGGCUCUGAAGUCUAUCGUUGCUGUGACAAGAUAUUUGACGGCAAGGAACCCUGGGUAAGCCAUGUCGUGCGAUUCCACUGCCACUGCACAGAUACUCCUUCUGGCGGUCUUCAAGGUGUGUCGACUCCCGGAUCGAGCUCAGGCCGCUACGCUGGAGAAAACUGCUAUCAAGGCACUCCCAGCUCUGGUGUGACCAGAAACACUAGUGUCUCUGGUACCGAAUCUUGUCGUUGUUCUGGUGUGUCAGGCCUUCACGAAGGAUCACCAAAAUCUUCGGAGUUUCCCGUCUCCUUCGAGGAUGCGACCACACUCCCGAGCGAGCCGAAUUUCCAUCUUAAGCCACCAUAUCUUCCCCAGACCGUCGCAUCUACCAGUAUACCAAACGAGCAAUUUCCUCUUGCAGUGGAUGGUUCUGGCAACGUUCUCUUGGACUACGAUGGCAAUCAAAUCUUCCGCACUUACGAUAGCUCUCUUGUGUCCGCCAAGUAUGGCGGUCUGAUCCCCAUCGUCAUUGGACAGCCACUUUUUGCAUACGAAGACUCUGGCAAAAUUCACAACUACUGGUACGGCACCAACAUUUUUUAA